AUGGCGUGCAAAUUUGUUCACGUGAAAAUUAUUGACGACGAGGAGUAUGAGAAAAACAAGAACUUCUUCCUGGAGCUGGCCGAGCCUCGCAUGGUAGACAUGAGUCUCCAGAAAGAUGUACCAGACAGGAAGCUCACAUCAGAUGAAGAGGAAGCCAAGCGUAUCGCGGAGAUGGGGAAACCGGUGCUGGGGGAACACUCCAAGCUGGAAGUCAUUAUUGAGGAAUCGUAUGAGUUUAAGAGUACUGUGGACAAGUUGAUCAAGAAGACAAACCUGGCUCUGGUGGUGGGAACAAACUCCUGGAGAGACCAGUUCAUGGAGGCCAUAACAGUCAGUGCAGAUGAGGACGAGGAGGAGACGGGCGAAGAACGGCUCCCAUCGUGUUUUGACUACGUCAUGCACUUCCUCACCGUCUUCUGGAAGGUUCUGUUUGCGUGCGUGCCUCCCACGGACUACCUGAACGGUUGGGCCUGUUUCAUCAUCUCCAUCGCCAUCAUCGGCCUGCUCACAGCCAUCAUCGGCGACCUGGCGUCUCACUUCGGCUGCACCAUUGGCCUCAAGGACUCGGUCACUGCUGUGGUUUUUGUCGCUCUCGGCACAUCAGUCCCAGACACCUUUGCCAGUAAGGUGGCGGCCGUCCAGGACACCUACGCGGACGCCUCCAUUGGAAAUGUGACCGGCAGCAACGCCGUCAACGUCUUCCUCGGGAUCGGCAUGGCCUGGUCGGUGGCGGCCAUCUACUGGCACAUGAAAGGGAAGCCGUUUGUGGUGGAGGCCGGCUCGCUGGCCUUCUCCGUCACCCUCUUCACCAUCUUCGCCUUCCUGGCCGUCUCGGUGCUGCUCUAUCGGCGCCGGGCCCACAUUGGUGGAGAACUGGGCGGUCCCAGGGGACACAGACUGGCCACGUCGGCCUUCUUCUUUGGCCUCUGGUUCCUGUACAUCCUCUUCUCCAGUCUAGAGGCAUACUGUCAUAUAGAAGGCUUCUAA